CUUGUAUGCAAAUUUUGGUUAUAUGCAAAAUUUUCAUAUUUCAACGCAUUAUAGAACGUUUUAUUAUAUGAAUUUGGUUGUUUGAAUGCAAAUCGUUUAUAAGCAAAUAUCGCAUUUAUGCAAAAAAAUUUCAGCAAAAUUGAAUCGUUACGUACAAAUUUUAAUCUGUUUUAAGCAAAUUUUCCAACACUGAAACACUAAAUUUAUUCUAUCGAUUUAUCGAUUGUCAAACAUAUGAUUUUGUGUUACACUUGUUACAAUGUCGCGUCGUGUUGUGUUAACAGCGAAACAAAAAAUUGCGGUUUUAAACGAUUUAAAGACUUCCAAAGACCGAAAAACCAUUGCUGCUAAAUAUAAAGUUAGCUUAAGCACUAUAUCGCGCAUUCAAAUCCAAGAGAACAAAAUCCGCGCCAUAACAAAUCCCAAUAGGAAACGGGAUAGGAAAGGCGCACACGUGAAUUUGGACAGAACCUUGUUGUCCUGGUUUAACCAAAUCCGGUCCCAAAAUGGAAUUGUUACCGGACCUGUCUUGCUUUCUAAAGCACAGGAAUUUUUAUGUGCCAGACCGUAGUUGGUUGCAGCGUUGGUGCGGGCGAAAUGCCCUUAACUUCUCCAAGAUUUACGGAGAAGCUGGCGAAAAUAACGCAACAAGUGCAGAAGUUUUCACUACUAACCGUUUGCCUCAUAUUAUUGAAAAAUUUUCGCCGGAUUGUAUAUUUAAUGCCGAUGAAACCGGGCUGUACUACAAGGCGUUGCCAAAUGGAAGUUACAAAGGCAAGUAUGAGAAUCCAAAGGGAUUCAAAACUCAAAAGCAACGCCUCACAUUUCUGUUUCUAUGCAAUGCAACCGGCACGUAUAAACGUGCAUAUUGCAUUGGAAAGUCGGCUAAACCACGGUCUUUUAAAGGAAAACAGCUACCGCUGCCAUAUUAUAAUAAUAGAAGUGCUUGGAUGACGAGUGUUAUUUGGAAAAAGAUUCUAAUAGAUCUCAAUCAAAAUCUUGAAAAAGAUAACAAGCAGAUAUGUUUGAUUGUUGAUAAUGCUCCUUGCCACAAUACAGAUGAGAAAUUCUCAAACAUUACGAUUGAAUUUUUGCCACCAAAUACAACUGCCCUUAUACAGCCACUUGAUCAAGGUAUCAUCCACUCCUUUAAAAUGGAAUAUCGACAAAUACUAAUAAAAAAACAAAUUUGUGCGUUGGAGAAGGGCUUAUCUAUAGUUGAAUUCCUGAAAUCGCUCACUAUUUUGGAUGGUAUCAAUUAUGCAAAUCGCGCUUGGAACCUUGUUAAGCAGCAAACAAUUAGUAAUUGUUUCAAAAAGGCAGGCAUUGACAACAUUCAAUUCAUUACAGAUGAGAUUGCAGCCACAGAAGGCGAAAACUAUGAAUGGUGCACACUCGAUAAUGAAUACAUUCAAUGCGAUAAUGAACUUGUCUGCUUUGGAACCAUGUCGGACGAGGAUAUUGUUGCGGACGUAUUGGCCGUCAAUCAAAAUUCUACUGAAGAUGAGGAAGUGUUCGCGCAAUCUGAGGCUUGUAUUAAACACCCCUCAACGAAAAAUGCCUUGCUAAGCUUAGAUUCGCUGCGUGACUAUUUUUGUCAUAACAAUAUAGAUCCCUUAGAGGCUUUUGAAGAUAUUGAAAAUUUAAUCCUAGAGAGUUCUGAAAAACAGAAAUGCCAGAAGAAAAUAACAGAUUUUUUAAGUAAAUCUUAACAAUUUUCAAAUUAAAUGAAUUGACUGAAGUGAAAUAUAAUUUUUAUUAAAACUGAAUAAGUUUAUAUAUUCUAUUUCUUGUGUGCUAUUUUUUGUUUACAUCGAAUUGAUUGUGUAUAUGCAUAUAUUUUGCAUAUAAGCGAAUACCGCUUGUUUGCAAUUACCGCCUGUAUGCAAAUUUUUUUUUGCAUUAUAACAAUUGCAUAUAACCGAUAUCUACUGUA